AUGUGCUUGUACGGCAUUAUCGCGUUUUGCAUGGGAUCCAUUCCCAGCAACGACGCUCUCGACGACCCCGAGCAAGAUAGGCUUGGGUCCGAAGGCAAUCAAGCUGUUCCCGAAUGCGUAUCCGAAUUACCUUCUCAAGACACUGGCGACGCUCUUGACACACAAUGGGAGAUGCUUUUGAAUGCCACGACGUCCGAACUACACAAUGCUGCUGGCAUAGCUACAACAGCUGACCGCAGCAAUAGUCGGUUCAACUUUCCUAAUGCUUUUCAGUCAGAUUCAGACCUCUUGAACUCGUACACGGGAUUCCAGCCUUUGUUUGACAAUGGUGCCUACUCGUUUAACGACUUCGACAGUAAUAUCUCACUUCUCGGUUGGAUGAACUCCGAAAACUUGGCGAAUACUUACAGCAUCCCCCCAGAUCUAAAUAUUUCCGAUUUCCCACUGCAAGGCUUGGAAGAUCCACCGAGGACGACGAGAAUGCAGCAGGCAUUACCGGACAAUCCUAAAGCUAUAAAUAAUGCUGUUGAGGGGACGGUGACGGGAGCUGACCUUCCGCUGGACAAAGGAGAUUCGGUGGCAUCAUUUCCGCACGUGGAUACUUCGGCAUUACCCACUCCGUCUGCGUCGCAGGAUCCCGGUUCGAGCCCUCCUCUGGAAGACCCCCCAGAUUCUGUCACCGUGGAAAGAGCCACCAACACUUGGCCUUACGAAUAUCAAGCUGGAGAAGAGGGAAAGAUCGUUUUCCCCGUUCUGAAUCCAGAGGACCUCAGAAGAGCUAAAACAUAUCACGGCGUUAGCGGCACCAGCUCUCCAAGGAAGAAUUUCCAACUGCUUGGUACGUUUGGCAAACUGGACGAUAAAAAGCUUUCUAGCAUCAUCCAACUUCUAAGUCUACCGCUGGCACGAGCACCAUGGCAGGAGGACGUCGACUUACUACGGUCCCUUCCCGGGCCCGACAUCCUUCACCACUUCACGGAUCUGUACUUUCUCCAUUUUCAUGAUCUCUGGCCCAUAAUCCACAGGCCAACAUUCAAGAUAUCCGAUGCGCCCACCAUUCUGGUGUUGACAAUGGCCUGCAUUGGCGCAUGCUACUCUGGUCUCGACCGGUCCCUCGAGUUUGCCGACACACUCGCCGAGCUUUGUAGGCGGACGACGGCUUGGAUGGGCGAACAUGAUCCUCGAUUCUUGCGGUCUCCGUCCUAUGGAGUAUCACUCCUCUUGCAGCACCUGCAUGCCAUGGGCUCCGGCUCGCGACGCCUUUUCGAGACGACCGACGCUUCUCGCUCGCGCCUCAUCAGCAUCGCGCGGCAAAUGAAUUGCGCACGGCCACACACCUCACCUACCGAUGCAGAUUCAUCUAACCGAGACACGUUCCAAAACUGGCUCGAGUGGGUAAGCCAGGAGCAAGUGAAGAGAUUGAGUUGGUUUCUAUUUGAAUUUGACUGUCUUUAUUCCGCCUUCUCAAAGCAAAACCCAUGCACAAAGCUUGAGGAAUUACCGCCCGAGUUUCCCUGUGAACAGUUAUACUGGGAUGCACCAACAGCGUUUUCUUGGGCGGCUUGUCCAUUUCAGACCACUCCGCGAGGACCUCCAACCAUGCAAACUAUCAGCAAUUUCGUAGAGAAAGCAAGCCCAUCAAUCAUCAGUCAACUCGACAACAUUGGAAAACGGUUGCUGAUUCGAUGCCUCGCCCAGCAGCUGUAUGCCUGCCAAGAACAGAUGGACUCGAGCCUAUAUCAUAUUCUCUGGCAGGACAACAGAGGGCUGGAAGUAAAUCGCACUGUUCGAUCCCAACUUUCGAGGGCCAUCAUGUCUGUGUAUGAAAUCAGCUGGGCCGAUCAUCCACGCCGGUACACCCUCCGCCACGCUCUGCGCAUCGGCAUUGCUGUGCAUUAUAGUCACAUAUUCGGUGCAGGAAAAAUUGUCGACCUGGUCACCCGCGUCGCACGCAAGCGGGCUUCGGGCUUCGACAUGUCGAGAAUGUCCAAUAGCACAGGGUUCGUCUCGAGUUCUACCAAUACAGCUUCACCAGGUGAUGAAGUCGCGGCGAUAGCCGCAUUCGGCGAAGAACCCGAAGUCAUCAGGGAAAUGAUGUGGCAUGCCUCACAAGUUUGUUACCUUCAACGCCGCCAUCCUUUCAACUCGCCCCUCGAACCCCUGUCGGUGUUUCUGGCGGGAAUCACGCUUUGGGCGUGCUGCAAAUACUUUUGUCCGCAUCAAACAUCCAUGCGCGUCGGACCCUCCAUUCAGUUGGACGAGCCGUCCUUUUGCAGUUCUCAACGUGCCAGCCAGGCUGUCAAAGUCUGGAUUAAGAACGGCGGCAAGACUUUCCUAGAGGGCGUGGGCGAUGUCCAGGACCCCGACGCACCAAGCCGCGUCCUUCAGCUGAGCGUGGAUAUGACUCGCCGGCUUAAAGUCUGGCAAAUGGCAUCAAAUGUAUCGGAAAUCUUCGUCCGCCUCCUGCAGCGUGAGGAACACGAGUCCACCCAGCGUCACGACACCCAUACAUUUCAACCUUAG